AUGAGCAACUAUUUGAUGCCAGGCAGGUCCGAGACUAGCAAUGAUUUGUUGGUUCCGAAACACCCACGUCCUUCAAACACCGCAACAAUCUCUUCGUCAAAUCUCACGCCUCAGUUUUUCCUUAACCCAAACUACCCCAAGUCGAAGCAAGGUUCAAGCUCAGCGAGCAAUUUCAGACUAUCGCGAACAAAUACAAACACGACUGAUGCAUAUGCCGGUGGUGUACAGGAUGCGCAGAGUAUACAGACAAUAGACAGGAUACCCAGUGCAAAGCCAAGUGUCACGUACCUGGAUCGGUUAUGGACUCAGAUCGACGUGCUUGAUGAUGUAAAGAGAAUGGCGGAAGAAGUGAGGGUUAAAGGCUCAUUUUUCGAUGAAAAAUUCACUAGGGAGAUGGAAAAGUUGAAAAUACUGCAGCAGAAAUUGAUGGAGACAAUGUCGCUUCAACGGUUUGAUGAUAUGAGUGCUACGGAGGACCAGAAUCAACAAUUGUACCAGCUCAAUUCCAACACGCUACCUACAAACCCCACAGUGACUCGGUCAGCUUCCAACGCAACGAGUGGUGGGCGUGGGCAUCUCGAAGUACCAGAUAGGCGAGGGCAGCCGCGAGGAGGAACAGGCGAAGGAGAAGAUGAUGGUGAGCUUGAAGCUACUUCGAAUGCCAGCAGGGUAUCCCUCAAGGAUGAGGAAGAAGCGAAAACCAAGAAACAACAAGAGAAGAUCAAUAAAUUUUUCGCUGAUGAUGAAGUGCGGUUUGAAACUCUUGCUGUUUACAAUAAGGAGAAAUUCGACGAGAUCAACGGGUAUGUACAGAAUGUCAAGCAGGAUUUGAUGAAUCUCGGUGAAGCUAUCAAACACUUUGAUGAUUCAACGAAAGAUAUGUGGUGA